GAGGGGCGUGCCUGGUGCCUGAUAAAAGGGGCUGCGCAGCGCGGGGACCGCUUUCUCAGUGUCCUGCCUGCAGCGCUCCACAAGGGUGGGCAACCUUCAAGGUGACAAGAGGGCUCUUGCACGCAGCCCAAGGCAGCCCGGGACAGACCACAGAUUUACUCCUCCCACUUAGCGACCCUCAGGGUAGGAAGGGGACAGAGCCACAGCCUGAGUAUGGCCACUGCAGCGUGCGAGCCUGUGACCAGACCCAGCCUGACCUCCAUUUCAUCCGGGGAGCUGCGCAGCCUGUGGACGUGCGACUGCGAGCUGGCCCUGCUGCCCCUGUCGCAGCUGCUCCGCCUACAGCCUGGUGCCUUCCAGCUGCGCGGUGAGCAGCUCCUGGUGCCCGGGCCCGGGGAACCCGUGGCCGCACGAGGGGGCUUCAACGUCUUCGGGGACGGCCUUGUGCGCCUAGACGGGCAGCUCUAUCGCCUCAGCAGCUACAUCAAGAGAUACGUGGAACUGACCAACUACUGUGAUUAUAAAGACUACAGGGAAACGAUACUGAGCAAACCUAUGGUGUUCUUUAUUAACGUGCAGACCAAGAAGGACAUCUCAAAAGAAAGGACCUACGCGUUUCUUGUGAACACAAGGCACCCCAAGAUAAGAAGACAGAUAGAGCAAGGGAUGGACAUGGUCAUUUCCUCAGUGAUUGGAGAAAGCUAUAGACUUCAGUUUGAUUUCCAGGAAGUAGUGAAGAAUUUCUUCCCUCCAGGAACGAUUGUGCUAAAUGGAGAGAAUUUGAGCUUCACCUACGAAUUCAAGGCAGACGCCCUGUUUGAUUUCUUCUACUGGUUUGGGCUCAGCAAUUCCACCGUAAAAGUGCACGGAAAGGUUCUGAACUUGACAAGUACGAACCCAGAAAAGAAAGAAACGAUCAAGUUAUUUCUGGAAAAAAUGAGCGAACCUCUAAUACGAAGGAGUAGUUUCUCUGAUCGGAAAUUUAGCGUCACAUCUAGAGGUUCAAUAGAUGACGUUUUCAACUGCAACCUGUCACCCAGAUCAUCGGUUACAGAACCACUUUUGGCAGAAUUCUCAUUUCCAAGUCUUCUGGAAUCUGAAGAGACAUCCAGCCAACUUAUCUGAUUGGUCUGAACAUUCAAGCUGUCGCCCUUUGGGGGUCUGUGGCACAUAGUGGGUUAAAGGGGUAAGAGGGGGCAGGAAGUGGACAUUUCUAUCCCUUUGCCAACCUCUGGUCCUCCAAGGUUCUAUAGAGGACCCCCUUUCCCAUUCCUAGGCACUGGCAGGUCCAGUGGCUUCCAUCAAGGUUAUGAUUAUGGGAUGGAAGGACUUUGUCUCUACGGCGUAGGGUGUCAUUAACAUUGAACACUUCUCUGGGGAAUUCUCAGGGGCAACCAAGCACCCAUGAACUUUGCUUAGCACCCUGGCACUCUGGAGACCUUCCUGGUAACCUCUGCGGGAGGCAUCUGACUGGGAUGCUAACCUGUAAUGUAUCCUGGAUCACAGACUGGCCCUCUGCAGCCAGCAGCCCCAUCAAGCCUCGGGGCUAAACUAUUCUCUUGCAAAUGUGUCGGGUAAAGCCAGUACUGAUAUUUCCCUGGGAAACAAAUCUGAUGUCCAACCUGCCAAUGGGAUGAACAUUCAAGAUACUGGCUGCUGAAGGAUCUCUGCAGGCCACAAGGAUGAGCCCUCCCUGAAAUGUAAAGCCAGGUGGGGCGCCAAUCAAACAGUGACAAGGGAGGGUCCUCCUCCCUGCAGGUACACCCUACUAGUUGGUGUUUGAAAUACGAUUUAGCAAUCUUAAUAUGAGAAGAAAAGCCCAGGGAAACUAAGCCAUUACCAUGGAACACUAGACAUCAGGGCACUUUCUGCCCCACAGCUCCAGUGGGAUUCACUGAAAGGGGAAAAAAAAUGAUCCGAUCCACAUAUAAAAGUUUGCGUGAGUGGUCGGGCCUGGUGCCUGUAAUUCUAGCACUUGGGAGGUGGAGGAAGUAGAAUGAGGAGUUCAAGACCAUCCUUGGCUACAUAGGGAGUUCAAGGCCAACUUGCUCUAUUACUACAGGAGACUGUCUAAUAAAAACAAACCCGCAUCAUUGCACAUGUGAAUUCCCACCUAUACUCAUAAGAAGGCAGAUUUAUGGGCCCCUUGUGGCAUCUUUUCUGCCCUUCUAAAAACAUAUUCCCACACUGCAUAUUUUGAUAGUAAGGUUGAUGGCCAGCCAUUUGUAUCUGAGAUGCUACCUAGUACAUAUGCACAAUUAAAAGUUUUCUUAGCAUUCA